AUGGGCUCCUCGCGGGCACCCUGGAUGGGGCGUGUGGGAGGGCGAGGGGCCAUGGCCCUGCUGCUGGCUGGCCUCCUCCUGCCAGGGACCUUGGCUAAGAGCAUUGGGACCUUCUCAGACCCCUGUAAGGACCCCACACGUAUCACUUCCCCCAAUGACCCCUGUCUCAUUGGGAAGGGUGGCUCCAGUGGCUCCAGUGGCUUCAGUGGUGGAUCCAGUGGUGGUUCCAGUGGCUCCAGCAGUGGCUCCAGUGGUGGUUCCAGCGGCUCCAGCAGUGGCUCCAGUAGUAGCUUCAGUGGUGGCUCCAGUGGAUCCAGUGUGGCCCAGGGUGGUUCUUCGGGAUCUUUGCUGUUUAAACCNUCCAGCGGCUCCAGCAGUGGCUCCAGUGGUGGUUCCAGCGGCUCCAGCAGUGGCUCCAGUGGUGGUUCCAGUGGCUCCAGCAGUGGCUCCAGCGGUGGCUCCAGCAGUAGCUUCAGUGGUGGCUCCAGCGGAUCCAGUAGCAGCUACUCCUCUGGGUCUGGCUCUAGUCUGCACAGUGCCUCCAGCUCCUCCCAGCUGGGGUCCGGCCCAGCUCCACCAACCAAUGGUGGUUCCACCCACUUCGUGAUAAGCUCUUCCCAGUCUGGAGGAGGCUCAAGCUCCUCUGUCUCCCAAACUUCCUGGGUGUCCGGCAGUGGUGGCCAAAGGGUCAAUUCUAACUUACGCCCCUGUAGUUCCGAUGUCCCUGACUCUCCCUGCAGCGGGGGACCCGUUGUCUCCCACUCUGGCUCCUACAUCUCCAGCUCCCACUCCGUGUCAGGGGGCCAAAGGCCAGUGGUUGUGGUGGUGGAGCAGCACGGCUCUGGCGGCCCUGGAGUGGUUCAAGGCUCUCCUUGUAGCAAUGGUGGCCUCCCAGGCCAGCCCUGCCCCCCCAUCACCUCUGUAGAGAAGUCCUAUGGCAGUUAUGAGGUGGUGGGUGGCUCCUCUAACAGUUACCUGGCCCCGGGCAUGACUUAUAGUGAGGGCAAAAUCUACCCAGUGGGGUACUUCACCAAAGACAACCCUGUGAGAGGCUCGCCAGGGGUGCCCUCCUUUGCAGCUGGGCCGCCCAUCUCUGAGGGCAAGUACUUCUCCAGCAACCCCAUCAUCCCCAGCCACAGCUCCGCCAGCAUCUACCCCUCCGGAGCUUCCUCGGCCAUCGUGUUCCAGCCAGUGGGCUCUGGGGGGGUCCAGCUCUGUGCAGGCGUGAGGGGGCCCUGCUCCCUCUCUGGUUCCAGAGUCCCCAGCAGCCCCAGCACUUCUGGGGGCUCUGCGCCAGGCUCCCACCCCUGCGGCAGUGUUUCCCAGGGGCCCUGCUCCCCACCGGGCCCGGGCUCACUCAGCCACAGCUCCAGCUCCCAGUCCAGUGGCAAAAUCAUCCUCCAGCCCUGUGGCAGCAAGGCCAGCUCUGCUGGCCACCCCUGCGCUUCCGUCUCCUCCUCCUCACUGAGCGGGGGGCCCAGGGGCUCUCCUGAACCUGAUCCCUCAGCUGGUGCCCAGCCCUGCCACGGCUCUGAGAAGAUGCCCUGCCGCUCCAUCCGGGACAUCCUGGCCCAGGUGAAGCCCCUGGGACCCCAGAUAGCUGACCCCAAAGUCUUUCAGCCCCAGGGACAGCUUCAUGACAGUCCAUAA